CCUCCCGCGCUCUCCUACUGUCUCCGAAGCUUGCGUGUGCGCCCCGGAUCUCGGCAAUUCUUCGCCCCUCGCCCUGCGGGUCGCGCCUCCAGCAUCAUGUGCGGUAUAUUUGCUUACUUAAACUACCAUGUUCCUCGCACAAGACGAGAAAUCUUGGAGACCCUAAUUAAAGGCCUUCAGAGACUGGAGUACAGAGGAUAUGAUUCUGCUGGUGUGGGGAUUGACGGAGGCAAUGACAAAGAUUGGGAAGCCAAUGCCUGCAAAAUCCAGCUCAUUAAGAAGAAAGGAAAAGUUAAGGCACUGGAUGAAGAAGUUCACAAACAACAGGAUAUGGAUUUGGAUGUAGAAUUUGAUGUGCACCUUGGAAUAGCUCAUACCCGUUGGGCAACACAUGGAGAACCCAAUCCUGUCAAUAGCCACCCACAGCGCUCUGAUAAAAAUAAUGAAUUUAUUGUUAUUCAUAAUGGAAUCAUCACAAACUAUAAAGACUUGAAAAAAUUUUUGGAAAGCAAAGGUUAUGACUUUGAAUCUGAAACAGAUACAGAGGCAAUUGCCAAGCUUGUUAAAUACAUGUAUGACAAUUGGGAAAGUGAAGAUAUCAGUUUUACUACAUUGGUGGAGAGAGUUAUUCAACAACUGGAAGGUGCUUUUGCACUUGUAUUUAAAAGUGUUCAUUUUCCUGGGCAAGCAGUUGGCACAAGGAGAGGUAGCCCCCUAUUGAUUGGCGUUCGGAGUGAACAUAAGCUCUCUACUGAUCACAUUCCAAUACUCUAUAGAACAGCUAGGACUCAGAUUGGAUCAAAAUUCACACGGUGGGGAUCACAGGGAGAAAGAGGCAAAGAUAAGAAAGGAAGCUGUAAUCUCUCUCGUGUGGAUAGCACGACUUGCCUUUUCCCUGUUGAAGAAAAAGCGGUAGAGUAUUACUUUGCUUCUGAUGCAAGUGCUGUCAUAGAACAUACCAACCGAGUCAUCUUUCUAGAAGAUGAUGAUGUUGCAGCAGUGGUAGAUGGCCGUCUUUCUAUCCAUCGAAUUAAACGAACUGCACAAGAUCAUCCUGGAAGAGCUGUACAGACCCUCCAGAUGGAACUCCAGCAGAUCAUGAAGGGCAACUUCAGUUCAUUUAUGCAGAAGGAAAUUUUUGAGCAGCCAGAAUCUGUUGUGAACACAAUGAGAGGAAGAGUCAACUUUGAUGACUAUACUGUGAAUUUGGGUGGUUUGAAGGAUCACAUUAAGGAGAUCCAAAGGUGUCGGCGUUUGAUUCUUAUUGCUUGUGGAACAAGUUACCAUGCUGGUAUGGCAACACGCCAGGUUCUUGAGGAGCUUACUGAGUUGCCAGUGAUGGUGGAACUAGCCAGUGACUUCCUGGAUAGAAACACGCCAGUCUUUCGAGAUGAUGUUUGCUUUUUUAUUAGUCAAUCAGGCGAAACAGCAGAUACCCUGAUGGGUCUUCGUUACUGUAAGGAGAGAGGAGCUUUAACUGUAGGGAUCACAAAUACAGUUGGCAGUUCUAUAUCAAGGGAGACAGAUUGUGGAGUUCACAUUAAUGCUGGUCCUGAGAUUGGUGUGGCCAGUACCAAGGCCUACACCAGCCAAUUUGUGUCCCUUGUGAUGUUUGCCCUUAUGAUGUGUGAUGACAGGAUCUCUAUGCAAGAGAGACGCAAAGAGAUCAUGCUUGGAUUGAAACGGCUACCUGAUUUGAUUAAAGAGGUACUAAGCAUGGAUGAUGAAAUUCAAAAAUUGGCAACAGAACUUUAUCAUCAGAAGUCAGUCCUGAUAAUGGGAAGAGGCUAUCAUUAUGCUACUUGUCUCGAAGGGGCUCUGAAAAUCAAAGAAAUUACUUACAUGCAUUCGGAAGGCAUCCUUGCUGGUGAAUUGAAGCAUGGGCCUCUAGCCUUGGUGGAUAAGUUGAUGCCUGUUAUCAUGAUCAUCAUGAGAGAUCACACUUACACCAAAUGUCAGAAUGCUCUUCAGCAGGUGGUCUCCCGGCAGGGUCGCCCUGUUGUAAUUUGUGAUAAGGAGGAUACUGAGACCAUUAAGAACACAAAAAGGACGAUCAAGGUGCCCCACUCAGUGGACUGCUUGCAAGGCAUUCUCAGUGUGAUCCCCUUACAGUUGCUGGCUUUCCACCUUGCUGUGUUGAGAGGCUAUGAUGUUGAUUUCCCACGGAAUCUAGCCAAAUCUGUAACUGUAGAAUAAAGAGCAUCGGAAACUUGGGAUGAUUAAGCAACAUAAGACACCUUUUGUAUUUAAAACUUUGAUUUGAAAUAUCACCCCUGGAAGCCUUUUUUUAGUAAAUCCUUAUUUAUAUAUCAGUUAUAAUUAUUCCACUAAAUUUGUGAUUUUUUGUGAAAUCGCCUCAUAUUUUUCCAGUACUAUGUGGAGGGAAUUUGAAUAAUGAAAUCUAUAUUAGAAUCUGUAUUCAGGAAGAUUUUAGCUGUCAUUUUCUUUAGUGAACUGGGUAUUGAACUUCUGAGUCCUUCCCUUCCAUCUGGGAGGAUUAUGUUUUUAAACUUUUGUGUUCUUAAGUUUUUAAACUCAUUGGCAUUUGUUUUAGCAGGCUUCUAUUCAUUCAGACCAAGGAAAGAGUGGUUCAUUUUAUUGGAAUAUCUAAAGACAGUGACAGUGUAUGCUAAAACUUGGACAUUUACUGAAGGUUUUGCUAAGUUAUAUGUAAAUAGAAGAUACUGUGAUUUAUUUUGAAGCUUGUUUCUGUUUUGUUUUUAAAUCAAACUGACAACUUUUCUUGGAUUUAUAUGUAAGUUUAGUUAACCUUAUUUCUCAUAUGUCUUUUAUCUGUAAGUGGAAAUAAUUUAGGAAGCAAAUUGUUACAGUGCAUUGGUGUUAUCCAGCCCUUAAUAGAACAUAAUUAUACAGUGUCAUAGCACAGACUUUGAAUUUGAACUGCUUUAGACAACUGACAAUAUGAUUUUAAAUUUGAAAAUGGGGUGUUGGAUAUCCUACUCUUUUGUUUUUUC